AGCGGCUCGGGAGCAUUCGUCCGGCGGCGGGGCGCGGGACGAACGGGGCCGGGGAGGCGCCCUCCAUCGCCAUGGACCUCAUGUCAGCGCUGAGCCUGGGCGAGCUAGCUCUCAGCUUCUCGCGGGUGCCGCUCUUCCCUGUCUUCGACCUCAGCUACUUCAUCGUCUCCAUCAUCUACCUGAAGUAUGAGCCAGGAGCUGUGGAACUGUCCCGGCGCCACCCGGUGGCAUCCUGGCUGUGCGCCAUGUUGCACUGUUUUGGGAGUUACAUCCUGGCCGACCUGCUUCUUGGGGAGCCCAUCAUUGACUACUUCAGCAACAGCUCCAGUAUCCUGCUGGCCUCCGGAGUGUGGUACUUGAUUUUCUUCUGUCCCUUGGACCUCUUCUACAAGUGCGUCUGCUUUCUGCCCGUAAAACUCAUCUUUGUGGCUAUGAAGGAGGUGGUGAGGGUCCGAAAGAUUGCUGUGGGCAUCCAUCACGCACACCACCACUACCACCACGGGUGGUUCAUCAUGAUCGCCACCGGGUGGGUCAAAGGCUCCGGGGUCGCCCUCCUGUCCAACUUGGAGCAGCUGCUUCGAGGUGUCUGGAAGCCGGAAACCAACGAGAUCCUGCACAUGUCCUUCCCCACCAAGGCCAGUCUGUAUGGAGCCGUCCUGUUCACCUUGCAACAGACCCGCUGGCUCCCGGUGUCCAAAGCCAGCCUCAUCUUCAUCUUCACCAUGUUUAUGGUGUCAUGUAAGGUGUUCCUGACAGCCACACACUCCCACAGUUCUCCAUUUGAUGUCCUGGAGGGUUACAUCUGCCCAGUGCUGUUUGGGGCAACUUGGGGAGGCGACCAUCACCAUGACAACCAUGGAGCGGCACAUGGCGUGGGGCUAGGCUCCCAGCACCCUGGGCUGCCCGCCAAGGCCAAGGAAGAGCUGGGUGAAGGCUCCAGGAAGAAGAAGACCAAGAAAGCGGAUUAGGGGUUCGCCCCAGGGAUCCACUGGGUGCUUGGGAGAAAGAUGUGGACUCAGAGAAACUCAGAACUUAGGGGCAUUUAGGGCUCAGAGCCUCCCCCUCCCCUGUCCCUGCCAGCCUCGACUUUCCCAUCUGCAAUUUGGAGCCAUCAGCAGCUCCCGGAGCUGAUGUGGGCUUAAAUCCUGUGGAGGAAUUCGGUAGGGGUGGGACCCUGCCCUCCCUCUGCCAGACCUCUCAAAAGAGACACACAGUCCAGGCCCAAAGCCUGGCUUGGAGGGUCUUGGUUUUCAUUCUGUGUUCUGUCUAAUUAUAUCUUGUAACCAAAAGAAUUUAAAACCACAUGGAGACUCAAUUAUCUAGAUCUUUUUGAGAGCCAGGUGCUGGGGUCCCAUGUCCUUUCACACUCUGGACCUCUCUAGAAUUUUGUCACCCUCCCUGCUGGGCAUCUUUAAGCCAAUGGCCUCCUUUGUGUGAGCCUUCUGUGUGUGCUGUGUAGCGCGGACCCCAGGCCCUCCUGUGUGCAGAAGGCUCUUUAUGAUGUCAAACAGUUUCGUAAGCAGUGUGAAAGAGACGGGCGCUGGCGUGAAGGGCCGGGGCUGACUGUUUUGUAUGUUUGGCCAUUUGUGUUUGAGGCCAGAAGGGUCUCACCAGAUAGCUGAGCAGACUUCUCACAGGAGGGGGCUUCAGUUCCUCGCUGCCCACAGGCAAAAGAAGUGUGGGUGCAGGGCAGAGGGUCCAAGAGCCAACAUCCUUAAGAACUCACAGAUGGGCUCUGGGUGUAUCAGGUGUCCCUCACACCUGAGCAGCACAGUUCAUUCAGCCAUUCAACAAACACGCGGAUCCACACAUGCUCGCUGUACAGUGUUGUGCUGCUCCUUGUACAGGGGAAGGCCACAGUCGCCAGAGUCUCCAGAACAUCUGGGACAAGUGAGUGUGCGUGCCGCUGGGCUCAGGCUCGGGUGAGGCACAGAUCUAGUUGGAGUACCCAGCGUUGCGGUUUGUUGAGGAUGCUCCUCAUAGCUUUGCCUGGAGGUAGGGUAGGUCCUGAGGCUGGAAGCGCCUGGGUUUCCUCAGAGCUCUGUGUGAGUGAUCAGCCAAUAAACGUGGUGCGAGUAAA